AUGGCUCCUCGCUCCAAGUUCACUGCUGAGCAAGUUGAAAUGAUGGAGGAGUAUCGAGAUAAAUACCUUGAGUGUCAGGCAGUAGGUGAUUACACUCCGUUCUGGGCCCCUUUUUUCGAGGACUAUCAUGCCAGGUGGCCAGAGAGGGAGCAUCUCUUUCCUGAUGUCCCCCUUGACACAGAUCUCACGCCGGAACAAAAAGUCGUCAAUGCAAGUGUUGUGGAUGCGCGCAAAAAACAAUUGGUGCAUCGCUUCCAUAACACGUACGGCAAUUACACUGCAAAGCGCAAGAUGAAAGCACAGACAACAAGUUCUGUCGAGAAGAUGUUAGCAUGUCAAUCGAGCCUCAAAGGAACGCGAACAUUGCAGCCUGCUGAGGCUUAUUCCAAGUUAUACUACAAGACGCGUAUCAAACCUGUUGUUGACGUGGAAAUGAAGGUACUCAAGGUGGGGGCUAGUCUGAAUCCGAUGACAUCAGACGAAGAAGGUGACGCAACUAACAAUGUUGGAGGCGAUGUGAAGGAGACGUUACCUAAGAAGAUCAGGCUAUCUCUCAUAAAGAAGCACACACGUACUCUAUUCGCAAAUGAGACACCCGAGAUCAAGGCAGAAGUAGCUGAUUUUGUCAAGAAAUGGAGUGAAGGCCGCAAGAGGAGUUCGAGCGAGGACGAAGACAUUUCUUUCACUGAGAAUAUUGAAAAGCUACCUAAUGUUCUAGCUGAUAUAUUUGCGGGACUGGCCAAACAAACAGGCUGGGCCUUCUCUGUGUUGAUGGGCGGGCCUUCUCCAGGAAUGGGAGGGAAAAUUCAGGCUGAAAGUUUUCAUGUGGGGGAAACGGCGAUGGGAAAUGCAUUCAAUUUCGCUUACCCUGAUUUUAACGAACGCAUCAUGAAGCCAUAUGCAGAUUUUUUGAAGCAGGCCUUUCCUGAUGCAGCGGGGAAGGGAACGGCAGGUUCAUCAAGUCCAAGUCCCUCGCGGUCUAACCCCACUCAACUUUUCGAAGAUGCCGCGGGAUCCGCAACCACUACCUUGUCUCCGAUGCCGAUUAACUCCAGCAAUAUUCAUACAUUACUCCUUCCACUGAUGAGUCAGAUGACAACGUUCGAUGACCAGCAGUGCCAUCUCUUCUCUGGUCUCGACAUCUCUGGACCGGUCUCAUUGUUUGAGAAUGACGGACCCACUCUUCCAAACAGACAUACUCCUUCCACACCAAAGUCCUUGUUCAGCUUAGAGUUGUAUGACUCUGCCACUUUGGAUCGCAUGUCUAUGACAGACUUAUUGAAUGCACCAUUGGGUCCAAAUUGA